GACAUCCAGCGCAGACACGAGAUCAUUGCAUACGUAAGGAGGAGCGAGGGGGAGAGUAAUCUUCUGGGAGAUUUCGCUGCACCUCCCUCAACGGCCCUCGCCGCACUAUUUCUCUGAUACUCCCCUCACCCACAGAAGGAAAAAGCGGAAACGCUCACUAUGAUUACUAUUAUUAUUAUUGUUGUUGCUUUCUCGAGUUUCUGUGCGACUCUUCUCCAAGCAGCACCCUCCUCAUCACACCUCCAGCUGCAGACACGCCCUCCGUCUCAGACGUGAUGUCCUCUUCUACGCCCACCACGUCCCGCAUCCACCGGCUCCCGCACACAGACGCCGCGGUGCUCGCCGCGUGCGCGGAGUUCCCCACCUUCUCCGACGCGUUGGCCACGGUGGCGCAGGCGGCGCUGCCGGCGCUGGAGAAGGAAGUGUGGGGCUCGUACCUUUCCAGCCCCCUCCGCGGCUCUGCCCUGUCGCACGACCGCGACGGACAGCGCCCUUCGCCUCACCGGCCGGCUGUCUCGUCGGUGGCGCAGGCGGGGAGCCCCGCUUCACCGCCUCGCCGCCGCGGUCGUGUCAGCGUCGAGGCAUCGGUGUGUCUCCCAGCGUUUGCGUGGGACAUUGAGCGAAGCGUUGCGUUUCCAUUCGACGACGACAAGGGCAAGGACGAUGCAUCGCGGACCGUCCCUCAGCGAGGCUUCGGCCAUGCUUGUGAAGUGGCGCAUCCGCCGCCGCGGAAGAGAAGCAGGGCGGAAGGCGCGCCGGCCGCAGACGCGCCUUCUGAUUCGGCCCCGCUCGAUCUUCUCCGUCGACUGGCGUCCAUCUGCACCGAUGUCAGUGUUUCUGUGUGGCUGCUUGAACCACCGGCCAGCGGCGGCACCUGCUGCCAUGAAGGGAAACGCGUGUUACCUGCCCCCUAUGUGUGCUUUGAAAAACGCUGGCACUGCGGACAGGAAAUGAUGAUGCCGGCUGUUGUUGGUCUUGCUGCUCCUGCCGGUAGGCAUACAAUCACGAGUCGGCCACCUUUUGUCAACUUCUGUUAUCGACGCGUGUGUGCUGCGGAUCAGGUCGACGAGGUCUUUCUUCGCACACGCUGUUGCGUUCGCGGGCUCUUCCAUAACCUUCCGUUGCGCCAAGCCGCCUUCCAGGUGACGCCCUCUGGUGUUCUAGACAGACAAACGCAGGACCUUUUGCAUUCAUCGUUGUCGUCACGCUGGGCAGCGACGUCGGCCUCGGCGCAGCGCACACGGCGUGAGGAGCAGCAGCACCUCUUUGCCGUGCUUUUCCAGACCGCCGUGUGCACCGUGCUUGCGCCACUGUACUUGCAUGCCAACCCCUGCGCCUCACACGAAGCCGCGGCGACGAUGGAGUUCCCUUCCGUCUUCACUGCUCGCCUCCUCAGGGAAAGCAACGAUAGCGGCGGUGUAGGAGGCAAAGCAAAGCGUGAGACCUCUCCAUUUGGCGAAGUAGCAUGCCACUGCCCUUCCGCACUCCCUCCACCAGAAGCAUGCCGCCUCGUGGCUCUGAUAGAAGGCGCAUGCACAGACGACAACUUGUCAAGUCUGCCAGAUCGGCGAGGAACACGACAAGGGCUUUUCUGUGACCGCUUCGGCGUAUGCAGUGGACGCUUGACGGUGCAGCAGGCACAAGGAAUGACAAGGAAAGAGAAAUGGCAGCAGCUUUCCUCUAAGGAGGCAACGCAGACCCUCUCGUCGCCGGAGACGAGGUGGCGCGGUGAAACACAAGGGGAGGCGACCGCAGAGGAGCUCUGCGCCGUUUUCGGCAUCGACCUCCUUCUUCCACGAACCUCCUCGCAGCGCCGACAAACAGCGCAGAAGCGCCGUUCGUUUCGCGCAGCAGUGGAUGCAUCGCUGCAUGACGGCGACGAAGCGAACGUCCAUCGCAGCUGCUCACGCUUUACAGAGGUGGUGAUGCAGCCCGGGAAAUUCGCGGUGAUCUUCCACGCGUUCUCCAAGCCUUGCCUGUUCACCUCUGAUGCCGCCGCGUCCUCAGCGUCGCCGCCGUCGUGUUCAUCUGUCCGCCGCUCGCCCCAUUUCAGCCUGUCCUCCUCGCCAUCCGUAACGCUCUCCGACGGCCGCCAGCAACACCCCGCCACCUUUCUCAUCCUCACCGCCGACUCAAAAACGAUGCCAUUGGAAUCGACGGCAUUUCCCACCGGUGCGGUGUGGCCCACGCGUCGCGUCCUUGAGCCCGAUCACUGGGCCUACGAUGUGGUGGCCGCCCAGUCGCGCUCCCUGCGUGGUCGCUUCAGCUCGCUCGUCAUCGCCUCUCCCGUCUUUAUCUUUGUGGAUGCCGCGUAUGUGCCGACACGCCUCUGCGAGUGCCGCCAGCGACAGCGAACGAAGGCGCAGCAGGACUCAAGGGAAGGCGCCGCUGCCUUUCUUUCCUCCUUUUCCGAGUUGUAUGCGGCUGCAGUAGAGCGUGUCUGUCCCGGAGGACGUCCUUCAGCGACCACAGAAGAAACCUUGGACGUGCCAGCAUCCGAAAAGCCAUCUCCACAGCAGCAGCCGACGACGCCUUGUGUCUCGUUGGUAAGCGGCAAGGCAGAGCCUUCCACACCAGCAGCCGAUCGACGCAUCUACUCGUUAAGUCCCACCGUCGAUGUACCAACAGAGGCGGCUGUGCGUGACUCUGCUGCCGCUACUGCGGACUCUCAUGCUGGCGAGAGAAGCGGAGAAGUCGGCCUACGCAUGCAGUACGUCUUUCAGCGCGUUCUGGAGGCCGCCGCUGCGCCUGGGACGCAGUCUUUUAUCCCUUCAGCUUCCAAAGGAUCAGCGACGCCAGCGCCUUGGCAUCGUGUGCGGUUGGCGCCGGCGACGCUCUGGAUGAACGCGACGGGUUGUGGUGGCCGAGCGAAGGAUGCUGCUUCGGCGGCUUUCGCAGCGGCCCCCGCCGCACUCCCACGCCGCACCCCCGUCUCGCUUCACCCAAAACUGUCGGAGAUCAUUUUGGAAGAGGCAGAGCGGGCAGCUGCGUUCCAACCGGAGAGCACGAACUUUGAAGUGGCAACGGCGGUGCUGGGUGGAGUGCGUACGGCCGCUGCUGCUGCUGCUGCUGCAGCGGAGGGGAGAAUGGCUCGCAUGCGGCACCUGCUGGACACAGGACGCGGUAGUGUGCUGCGACAGCUGCCACGCGCGUGUAACCCGCCACAGCCCUGGUCACCGGCAGACAGAGCAGCUCCUGGUACAGGAGAUGUACCACUUCGCCAACCCGCAGUGACACCGCCGAUUGGGUCUGCGCAAGUGACGAGCGUGUCUGUGCUUCCCUGGGCUCGGAAGUUUAUUCUGCUGGCGCAGCGUCCUUGCGGUGUUCCAGAAGCAGCGUCGUCACGUCACAUAUUCGGGAAAGGGCACGCACAAGUCAAGGAGGCGGAGACGGCACCGCCGUCGUCUCUCCUGGUCGAAGCAUACUUCCCACAAUCUCCUCUGCCCUCCCUUUUCUCCACGUCGCCUCAUCCACGUCAUCUACGGUGGUGGGUACUGGACCAGCACGCGGUGCACGAGCGCGUUCGCCUUGAAUUCUUCCUGUGUUUUGCGGAUACGUACGUCCAACAUCCUGAGCUGCCGCAGGCGGCCGCAACCCACCGUGCGACGGUGAGGGGAACAGGGAAGUGCAGUGGCGUCGGUGCUGCGUCUGCCGUGCCGGGGCUGAGUCGUCACGCACGGCACGCCCUUGAGCGCCGGCAGCAAAAUACGCGUCUCUUGCGAAGCCUGGUGGAGAAAAAGGGCACCUCUUCUUGUGUGGCGGAACCUGCUUCCCCCUCCGCUCCCCACGCGCCAUCCCUCACUGCACUCGCGUCGUUUCCCGUACUGAUCCCUGCGGAGUGGCGCCUACGCGUGUCAUUGGUGGAGUCCCAUCUUCUUCAAUGGGGAUGGCGGUUUCAGCAUGAGUUGGUGGACGAUUCAUGCCGCGCACCCUUCUCCGACUCUCCCCGUCUUGCAACGGCUGUCCGGUCGUGGCCCUGUGUGGAGGUGGAGGGUGUGGAACACCGGGUAACGUCGCUGCGAGCCUUGACAGACACGGUGGAGGAGCUGGAGGCCCUUGGUGCGGCUGCUACGCCCACGUCGGCUUCCUCUCCUCUCCUUUCGAUCCCGUCGGCUUUCCUUCGCUUCUUCAUCUCUCGCUCCUGUCGUGGUGCGCUCAUGUUUGGUGACGCUGUCACGCCUGCGGCGGCGCGACACAUGGUGGCGGCGCUGGAAUGUGUGGAGCAGUACUACGUGUGCUCGCACGGCCGUCCGUCUUUUGCCUCGUUGGCCGCUUUCAACGCGUAG